AUGUAUAACAAUCCGACUUGUGUUCAAUCAAAUACUACUGCUAAUACUACCAUUCCUACCAUACUUUCUGAUUAUUCCACUUAUAUCCCCUACUCUAUCAAUCCCAUCAAUGAUCGUACCUUAGUGAAUUCCUAUUAUGAUGGAAUACAUCCAAGUCAAAAUUCAGCUUGCCGAAGUUACUCACAACUUGAUAUCACUCCUGCACUUUAUCAACGAUCUAGAACUGUACCAACACGAACUGUACCACCAAAAAUCCACAAAAUGAUGCAUAUCAAGCGAAAUCGUGAUUAUGUAGCCGAUCCAUAUUUCUUUGACACAAGAGAAUAUAGAAGCUAUUCUGGUCCUUGGAAGGAUGUUAGAAAGUGGCCAAUGUAUCGAAAAAGGAAAGGACCUUUUGGCCGAAUACAAACAUAUAAGGAAUCAGAAUUUGGUGGCAGUCCAAUCGAUCGACAACCUCGUUACUAUCAUGGAUUGUACAGAGUGCAAUUGGAUAUGCAACCUGCAGCAUUAAGACGAAUACGACCGUAUUAUACGCCAAGUUAUGCAACCUAUCCGCCAAGUAUCAUGAAUGCGGUAAAAACAAAGGAUGAAAAGUAUGACCAACGAUAUUCCAUAAUAAUGAGAAUUAUUAUUAAAGUAAUUGAAUUGUUGCUUGGAGCUGCCACAGUAGGACUUAUAGUUGCUCCAAUGCGCGAAAUGUCCAUUUACGCAUUUGUCAAAAUGACACAAACCGAAUGGCAAGGUUUAAUACUUAGUAUUGCUGCAUCUUUCUCAGCUUUAUGUCUCAUUAUGUUAUUUGGUGUUUGUUUGGGUUAUCGAUAUAUGUUUUGGCGAAGAUUUGACAAUCUGAUCAGCUUAGUUGGUUCAUUUGGUUAUUUAUUUAUUGGAGCUAUAGAAGCAUAUUAUGCAGCAUGUCCUAAUGGUGAAAAAAUUGAUUUAGUUUGUUAUAGGCUAGAAUGGAUUAUUGCAAGUGCGCUAAUAUUCAUCAAUGUUAUUGUAUAUAUUAUCGAUUACGUGCUAUCAUUUCGAACAGGAAUUAGCAUAUUGUGA